UGGUCCACACGCGCACCCACACACUCACGCGCACCGCUGAAAGUUUAUCCUAGUUUCCUUCUUCCGUCCUUCUUCUCAUCGCUUCUGUCACUACUGGGUCUCCGUGCCUGCUCAGCGCGCUUCACUUGACGGCAGCAGCUCAGCGAUCUUGCAGUAGAAAAACCUCAAAGACUGUCACAAUGGCCAGCAGAGGAACUAUUAAAGCCGGUGCUAACUUCAAUGCCAGUGCUGAUGCGGAGGUCCUGUACAAGGCAAUGAAAGGGCUGGGGACUGAUGAAGACUCCAUCCUGCAGCUGCUGACUGCUCGCAGCAAUCCCCAGAGGCAGGAGAUCAAGGCUGCCUACAAGACACUACAUGGAAAGGAUCUGAUUCAUGACCUGAAGGGAGAGCUGGGUGGCAAGUUUGAGACCCUGAUUGUGGCUCUGAUGACCCCACCCACUGCUUAUGAUGUCACAUUACUUCGAAAUGCAAUCAAGGGGGCAGGAACAGAUGAGAAGGUGUUGGUGGAGAUCCUCGCUUCCAGAACUCCUCAGCAGGUGAAGGACAUCGUUGCUGCUUAUAGACAAGAGUAUGACGACGAUCUGGAGGAGGAUGUUUGUGGUGACACUUCAGGCCAUUUCAAGAGGCUUCUGGUUAUCCUGCUGCAGGCAAACAGGCAGACAGGGAUCCAGGAGGGAAACAUUGAAAGUGAUGCUCAGGCUCUCCUUAAAGCAGGCGAGGAGAAGUUUGGCACUGAUGAGCAAUCGUUUGUUACCAUCUUGGGCAACCGCAGCGCUGAACAUCUGAGAAAAGUAUUUGAUGCUUAUAUGAAGAUGUCUGGAUAUGAGAUGGAGGAGAGUAUCCAAAGAGAAACAUCUGGAAGCCUGAGAGACCUGCUUCUUGCCGUGGUGAAGUGUGCCAAGAGCGUUCCAGCCUAUUUUGCUGAGACUCUGUACCAUGCCAUGAAGGGUGCAGGCACUGAUGAUAACACCCUGAUUAGGGUGAUGGUGACUCGCUGUGAAGUGGACAUGUUGGACAUCAGAGCUGAGUUCAGGAAGUUGUUUGCUUGCUCUCUGCAUUCAAUGAUCAAGGGAGAUGCCAGUGGACACUAUUGCAAAGCUUUACUGUUGCUCUGUGGUGGAGAUGAUGCAUAACCAUGGCGACAAACAUGAGCACACUGAAGUCCCUUCUACUUGUGAGGGGCAUGUGGGCUUUCAGGUUACUCAACAAUGAGCUAACACAAACUUCCAUUUGUAUGUGAGUGACAACCCGUCAGGUCUUUUUAUCAUUGAGUUCAAACUGUUUAAGGUAGCUAACAUUUUGUCCACAUUAAUGCAGCUUUGGGUCCACUAAUAACUUUAACUUAACUGGAGUCAUACCAGUCAUUUAUAAUGCAGAAGUAUCAGUUGUUUUGUUUUCACUUUGUACGCCAAUAUUAAACGUAUCAGUUAAUGAAGGUCAA